AUGAGUUUUGUGUGCAAAUUCCUCUCCGUGGAACUGAAAUCGGCCUUCGAGGAGACGGGGAAAACCAAUGAGGUGAUUGACACCAAAUAUGGCUUUCUGGAAGGAAAAGGGUCGAAAAUAAAAUACAGGCACUCAGAUAUUCGGCUGAUUGAAGUGACCGAAAACAUUUGCAACCGCCUGCUGCAGUACAACCUUCACAAGGAGAGGAGUGGGAGCAAUCGCUUUGCUAAGGGGAUGAGCGAGACCUUUCAGACCCUCCAUGGCCUCGUUCAUAAAGGUGUUAAAGUGGUGAUGGAUAUCCCCUACGAGCUGUGGAAUGAGACGUCUGCUGAGGUGUCGGACAUGAAGAAACAGUGUGAUGUGAUGCUGGAGGAGUUUGAAGAUGUCAUUGAAGAUUGGUACAAAAACCAUCAGGAAGAUGAUCUCACCCACUUCCUGUGUGAACAGCAUGUGCUGAAGUCUCACGAGAAGGAAUGUUUGAAAGAAGUGUGGACAGCCCAGAAAGGCGACUUGGAAGCGAUUGACGAGAAAAAGAAAAAGAAGAAAAAGAAGACGAAUGAUGGGAAAAAGAAGAAGGAAGGGAUCAAAAAGAAAGGGAAGAAAAUGAAGGAGUUGAAGAGGGGGUGGGGGGGCGCUGGUGAGACUGAUGAUCCAGUCCUCUCAGACCAGGCGUGUUAUUUGCGGUCCGUACACACGUGUGUUCGUCGUGUUGCAGAUUGGCGCUGGGAGAAAGGCAAAUGGCAGCCAGAGGAUUACCACCGGAUCCUGCAGUGUUUCCUGGACAGGAAGGACAGCUGCUACUCCAUUCAUCAGAUGGCUCAGAUGGGAGUGGGAGAGGGUAAAUCUGUAGGCGAAUGGUACGGACCUAACACUGUGGCCCAAGUAUUGAAGAAGCUCACCUUAUUCGAUGAGUGGAACACUCUGGCGGUUUACAUCUCUAUGGAUAAUACUGUAGUUGUUGAAGAUAUCAAAAAACUCUGCAAAUCACUGUACGGGGGCGAAUUAUCCAAAUCCCAGGGGCCGCCUCACCACGACGAGUGGAAACCACUGCUGCUGAUCAUACCUCUACGCAUGGGAAUCAACCACAUCAAUCCCGUCUACAUCAACACGCUGAAGGAAUGCUUUAAGAUGCCACAAUCUUUAGGAGUCUUGGGAGGAAAACCAAACAAUGCGUAUUACUUCAUAGGAUUUAUUGGAGAUGAACUAAUCUAUUUAGACCCUCACUCGACGCAGGCUGCAGUGGACACAGAGGAGGACGGGAGUGUGGAUGAUCAUAGUUAUCACUGCCAGCGGGUGCCACAUCGUAUGAAGAUCACCCAACUGGACCCCUCAGUGGCUUUGGGAUUUUUUUGCUACACUGAAAAAGACUUUGAAAGCUGGUGCAGUCUUGUGCAGAAGGACCUGUUCCUGGCCACUGUGCUACUGGGAUACUUUUAUCAAGAGAUGCUGCUUACUCUGGUUUUGAAUCGCUUGUCAGUACUGUUUUUGAUUAACUUUGUUUUUCGGGGGGACAUCUUUACAGAAAAACUCUGCAAAUCACUGUACGGGGGCGAAUUAUCCAAAUCCCAGGGGCCGCCUCACCACGACGAGUGGAAACCACUGCUGCUGAUCAUACCUCUACGCAUGGGAAUCAACCACAUCAAUCCCGUCUACAUCAACACGCUGAAGGAAUGCUUUAAGAUGCCACAAUCUUUAGGAGUCUUGGGAGGAAAACCAAACAAUGCGUAUUACUUCAUAGGAUUUAUUGGAGAUGAACUAAUCUAUUUAGACCCUCACUCGACGCAGGCUGCAGUGGACACAGAGGAGGACGGGAGUGUGGAUGAUCAUAGUUAUCACUGCCAGCGGGUGCCACAUCGUAUGAAGAUCACCCAACUGGACCCCUCAGUGGCUUUGGGAUUUUUUUGCUACACUGAAAAAGACUUUGAAAGCUGGUGCAGUCUUGUGCAGAAGGGAGAUCUGUCUGAAACACUGAAUAAACAGAAUGAGUCCAUCUUCCAAAGAAAAGAAAAGUUAUCUGGACUGAAUAGAAACAGUGAGGAACUGAGAGGCCUGACCAGGAGAAGGAGAAAUGUAGGACAGUGCAGACAACUAUCAUUCCUACAGCUGAGUCCCAAUGCUGAGAGAAGCACAAUCCAGCAAGAGGAUUCAACAUUUAUUCCUUGGAUUGUGGCUUCUCAAAGAGGUGCUGGACUGGAAAAAAAAUUGAAUAAAAUACUUGUGAAAGAAGAAGGCUAUUACAGUGUGUACAGUCAGGUUCUGUAUUUUGAUAACUGCAUGGCCAUGGGUCACGUUGUGCGGAGGAAGAAGUCUCAUCUAGUUGGCAAUGAACAACGUCUAACAACGCUUUUCCGUUGCAUUCAAAACAUGCCAAAUAACACUGCCAGUAACACCUGCUUCACAGCUGGAAUUGUGAAGCUUGACCAAGGUGAUGAGCUGGAGCUCCUGUUGCCUUCUCGGCCCAAUGCUCAGAUCUCCAUGGAUGGGGACUCGACCUUUUUUGGUGCCAUUCAAGUAUUGUGAAGCGAUGGAACGAAGUGGCCACCGCCACUGAUGAGCAGAAUGAUAUUGUCCGACCUGCAUUUGCUCCGGUGCGUCUCCAGGUUUUCCUGUGCGCGGUGACAGAAACACUUCCCUGGUGCACAGGCACGCCAGACCUGCUAUGGAGGGGAGGCGGCUUCUGUGAAACCAUCACAAGUUGUGAAGAUUUUGUGAAAUUCAACCCAGCGACUCACUUUGCUAAACAAUCUGUUUUAAUCAUUGCACAGCUCUGGUGGAGCCAAGCCCUGCCUUGGGUCAGAUCUCCACUGAAGCCUUCUCAUCAGAAGUGGAACUUCUUGUCCCACUUCUUACAUGUUCUCUCUGUUUUUCACGGCAAGCAUCAGAUAAUAAGGGUAUGUUCCUGCUGGCUUGAGUGUUCCCAUCAAAAGCUACACCUGUAAUAGACGUUCAGAAAUAAUAGCUGAUCUGUUAGCAGACUGUGGGAAGAGGUGAUCGGUAGUGCUGCAACACCAUUCUCACAAUUCUGAAUCUCUACAAAAUAAAAAUGUUGCAGAAA